CACAUGAUUGCCUAUAUUAUUUUAAAAGUCCGGCCCAACCACAUAAUUGCCUGCCUCUUAGAUCUAUGGUCCCUAUUCAUUACUGACAUGUCAAUAACCACUUGGUUACUGAGCCUGCGGCCCUAAAUUGGGCAUCCAAAGUUGGGUCUGUUAAUCCAUGUGUCCCAAGAUUAGGCCCGUUGUGUGUUAUUAUCUUAGAGCCGAGGAUCCUAUCCAAAAGAACACAUUCCUCCUCUUUUAACUCUCAAAAACUCUAUCCAGUAUCCACUCUCUCCCCCCGAAAGACCACUUGGCAGCACCACCAUAGUCCUGCAAUUACCAAACGACACGAACCAUCCUAUCCCUCUUACACGUGUCCUCUUAUACCCUAUAAACCGACAACUCCACUCCUUUCCCCCACUUCCACGAAUACGACAAACCAUAUUAUACAAAAACCCGACACCCCGGCCAACACAUUUCACUUACCCACACAACUUUUGCAUUUACCACCUACAAUCUAGAGAGAUGCAGCAACAGCGAGAGGACGCCGGCGCCAUGGCGGCGAAGAGCCAGCAGCAGCACGCCGGCGAAACAACCAGGCUACUGGACAGGAAAGUGAAGGAGCUGGUGGUGGAGAACAAGCGGCUGGUGGAGGUGCCCUACACGGCGUCGCUGGCCGACACGAUGAACACCCUGGUGGCGAACCGGGUGGUGGCGGUCCCCGUGGCGGCGCCGCCGGGCCAGUGGAUCGGGGCGGGCGGGUCGAUGAUCAUGGAGUCCGACAAGCAGACGGGCGUGGCGAGGAAGCACUACAUAGGGAUGGUCACCAUGCUCGACAUCCUGGCCCACAUCGCCGCCGCCGACGACCAGGUGGACCAGAUGAACGGCGGCGCCGGGGAUGACGAGUCGGCGUCGUUUUCAGAUGAGAAGCUGGCGGCGAAGAUGUCGGCGCCUGUUUCUGCCGUCAUCGGGCACUGCCUCGAAGGGCUCAGUCUGUGGACCCUCAACCCCAGCACCAGCAUCAUGGACUGCAUGGAAGUACUGAGCAAAGGGAUCCACCGUGCUCUGGUCCCCGUCGACAGCCACAUGGCAAACGUGGCCGGCGUGGAGCUGGUGGAGUCGGCCUCGAGCUACAAGAUGCUGACCCAGAUGGACCUGCUCAAGUUCUUCAUGAAGGAGACGGACAAGAAGCACCUACAUGACCACAGCGAGCUGCAGCGCACCAUGGCUCGAACCUUGGCCGAACUAGGAGCCGUCAACGAAAACGUCUACGCCAUCACCGGCCGCACCAGGGUCAUCGACGCCAUCAAGUGCAUGAAGGCCGCGCUGCUGAACGCCGUCCCCAUCGUCGUCGCCUGCAACUCCAUCGAGGACGAUUCCAAGCAGCUCAUAAACGGGAAAGGAAGGAAGCUGAUAGGGACGUUCUCGUCGACCGACCUGAGAGGAUGGCACUUCGCGACGCUGCAGACCUGGCUGCCGUUGACUGCUCUGGAGUUCACGGAGACGGUGGUCUCGUCGCCGCUUCAUGCUGUUUCUCCCGACUCUCCGACCACGGAGUCGAGGGAACUCGUUACCGCCACUGCCGGUUCCAGUCUCCUGGAGGUGAUCCAGAAGGCCGUUACCAAACACGUGCACAGGGUGUGGGUGGUGGACUCGGAAGGUCUGCUGACGGGAGUCGUUUCGUUGACCGAUAUCGUCAAGGCGCUAAGGAUGUCUUUGCUUGGGAAUGAAGCUGUCUAGCUAGGAUAUGUGUUUGCCUUGCCUGUGCUUUUUCAGUUGGCUUGGGGCUGAGGUUUUGUUGAACUUUGGCAUGGAUGAAUCAGUAGGCCCGAGCUGAGACUAAUACAUGUUCACGGUGUUUGUAAUAUAGAGCUCAAUGGUAGGCCCGAGCUGAGACUAAUACAUGUUCACGGUGUUUGACUCUUUUUCUGUACGUAUUAGAUGCCCAAGAUUCAGCUUGCUUAAGAGAGAAAAUGGAACUAAUUAGCGUCAAAUCUCUUAUUGAAUAGAUCUGCAGGUCUAUAAAAUGUUCAAAAUAUU